UCUUGCUUAAGCAGAAACAGGAACAAGGAAGUGAAAACAAACAAAAAGAAAAGAACCUGUCACCAUAGGCACCACGGGGGGGGGGGAAAAUAGUCCCAGAAAGGCUUGCAGAUUACUUUUUCCACAACAUUUCCCAGGAAUCGACAGCGCUCUUGGCUGUAGGUGCGCGGAGGGGGCGAGAUGGGGACCCUUGAAAAAAACGUGGCCGAAGACAUCAGUCGGCAGAUCAACGAUGCUCUGAGCCGCCUGCAGAGCAAGGAGCUCUUCCAAACCAACUGGGACAUUGUGGCCUUUGCCAUCUUCUUCACCUUCAUUGGGAUGGUUCUCUUGCUGGCCCUCCUUGCGUUGAUCAGAUGUUGCUGCUGCGAUUGUGAUUCUCCCAGUUCGUACAAGAAGGUCAAGAAAAGAAAAGUUGGUAUCGAUAAUAUGGGGAUGGACCCUUAGACUCCGUAUGACCAGUCGCCCGAGCAUCCGUCUUUACUGAUUUUUCUCUGCUCUGCUGGAAUUUGUUGUUAAGAAUCAGAUUUCUUCUUGAAGGAACUUCACAACAGGUGGAGCCUCAAGAGGCUUAGAUACUCCUAUGAUGAUUCUCAGUCCAUGUCUAUCUGCCAUAAGCUGGGGAGAACAAUUCAAGAAUUCUCACCAUUGCCAACUAUCGGCUGCUUCUGAUCAUUAGUAACAAGGAGAGAGCUAACGAAACACGUAGUCCAUGAACAAUGAUAAUCCUCCUUCGCAAAGGCUUGCAAACACCUUGUGGUCUACCAGCUGGAUCUGUCAGUAUGUGCUUUAAAAAUGGAGUGUCAGUCACAAGGUGUCUACUUUGGCCAUCUCAUUCCCAUCAAGUGCCGAUAGCAAAGAAAGACGUACAACUCAAGAAAUGUUAUUGAGAGCCGGAUGUUUUUAUUGUCCUAGAUUUCUCUAUAGAAUCGCCCCGGACCUUGUAACACCUUUGUACAACGUUGUUCUCCUUGUAAGACUGAAAAUGUUUUUUUUAUCAGUUCAGGAUGCUUUGUACCAAGGGUGUUCAAAGUUUGGCAACUUUUAAGACUUGCGGACUUCAACUCCCAGAAUUCUGGGAGGAGUUGAAGUCUGCAAGCCUUAAAAGUCGCCAAGAUUGGACACCACUGAUUUAUACCUUCUUGUUCUAACCUCCCAGAUUUGUUACUUUUCAAGAUCAAUGUCUUAAUUUUCAGUGUAAAAUGUAAUCUCCAAUUGCAGCGAAUCUUUUUAAGUUUCUAACUGUUGUUGAAUAAACUUGGAUGGCUGAAAAGCGACUGAA